AUGACCUCAAGCACGUUCAAACUCCUCGUUCUGCCUGGCGACCACGUAGGUCCAGAGGUCAUAAAUGAAGCCUUGCGGGUAUUGGAUGUUGUAGAGGAAUCGCGGCCCGGCCUCAAAUUCGAGCGCUCUUUCGACGUCGUCGGCGGCAGUAGCAUUGACAAACACGGAGUCCCGAUAACCCAGGAGGUCCUACAAAAAGCAACCCAAAGCGACGCAGUCUUGUUCGGCAGCGUUGGCGGUCCCAAAUGGGCCGAUGCCUCGCCCAACCCCGAAUCGGGCCUUCUUCAACUUCGCCACAAGCUCGACGCUUUUGCAAAUCUUCGCCCUUGCGAGAUUAUUGUUCCCUCGUUGCUGGAUGCAUCCCCGCUCAAGCCGGACAUCAUUCGAGGGACCAAGUUCAUCGUCGUGAGGGAAAACUGCGGAGGCGCCUAUUUCGGUACCAAGGUUGAGACACCCGACGUCGCCUCGGAUCUCUGGGUGUACAGACCGCACGAGGUGGAAAGAUGCGCUCGCGUGUCUGCCGCCGUUGCGCGUUUGUUGGGCAAGUCUGGCGAUGGAAAGGGCGGCGGCGGCCCAGCUGUCGUCUGGAGCGCAGACAAAGCCAACGUUUUAGCAAGCGGCAGGCUUUGGAGGCGAGUGACUGAAGACACGUUCAAGAAGGAGUUCCCCGACGUCGAGCUACGCCACCAACUCGCAGAUAGCAUGGCUAUGCUCAUGGUGAAGAACCCUCGCGGCUUCAACGGCGUCAUCCACACGGAUAACACGUUUGGCGACAUCUUAUCCGACAUAUCGGGCGGUAUAGUUGGCAGCCUGGGCACGUUACCCAGCGCCAGCAUUUCUGGCGUGCCGGGAGAGGGCAAAUGCAAUGGCAUCUAUGAACCUGUCCAUGGGAGCGCACCCGAUAUUGCAGGCAAGGGCAUUGUCAACCCAGUUGCGCAAAUCCUAAGUCUUGCCAUGCUGUUGAGGUAUUCGUGUCUCCUGACGAACGAGGCGGCUGCUAUCGAAUCGGCAGUUCAGCUUGUGUUUGAGCCCAAGGAAGCUGGCGGCUUCGGCAUACGAACGAAGGACAUGGGUGGAAAUGCAGGUACCCGUGAAGUGGGAGACGCGGUUUGCCAGGUUUUGCGAGAGUUAUUGAGCAGGGGAUAG